AUGGACAGUGUUUCUCGCAUCCACAAACUUGUGGAACUGCUCCACCAGGCACUUCGUUGCCACUACUCUUGGCUUCUGUGGGGUGUUAUUCAUCCCGCCCUGCUCUCUAGCUCUAGCUCUAGCUCUAGCUCUAGCUCUAGCUCUAGCUCUAGCUCUAGCUCUAGCUCUAGCUCUAGCUUUAGCUCUAGCUCUAGCUCUAGCUCUAGCUCUAGCUUUAGCUUUAGCUCUAGCUCUAGCUCUAGCUCUAGCUUUAGCUCUAGCUCUAGCUCUAGCUCUAGCUCUAGCUCUAGCUCUAGCUCUAGCUCUAGCUCUAGCUCUAGCUCUAGCUCUAGCUCUAGCUCUAGCUCUAGCUGUAGCUGUAGCUCUAGCUCUAGCUCUAGCUCUAGCUCUAGCUCUAGCUCUAGCUCUAGCUCUAGCUCUAGCUCUAGCUCUAGCUCUAGCUCUAGCUCUAGCUCUAGCUCUAGCUCUAGCUCUAGCUUUUGCUCUAGCUCUAGCUCUAGCUCUAGCUCUAGCUCUAGCUCUAGCUCUAGCUCUAGCUCUAGCUCUAGCUCUAGCUCUAGCUCUAGCUCUAGCUCUAGCUCUAGCUCUAGCUCUAGCUCUAGCUCUAGCUCUAGCUCUAGCUCUAGCUCUAGCUCUAGCUCUAGCUCUAGCUCUAGCUCUAGCUCUAGCUCUAGCUCUAGCUCUAGCUCUAGCUCUAGCUCUAGCUCUAGCUCUAGCUCUAGCUCUAGCUCUAGCUCUAGCUCUAGCUCUAGCUCUAGCUCUAGCUCUAGCUCUAGCUCUAGCUCUAGCUCUAGCUCUAGCUCUAGCUCUAGCUCUAGCUCUAGCUCUAGCUCUAGCUCUAGCUCUAGCUCUAGCUCUAGCUCUAGCUCUAGCUCUAGCUCUAGCUCUAGCUCUAGCUCUAGCUCUAGCUCUAGCUCUAGCUCUAGCUCUAGCUCUAGCUCUAGCUCUAGCUCUAGCUCUAGCUCUAGCUCUAGCUCUAGCUCUAGCUCUACUAUUCCCAGCAUUCGCACUCUUCCAGUUCCGGAAACUGAUAUGUGUCAUCGUGCACUUCAAGCCUUGAAGAAAAAGCGGUCUGUAAUUGUAAAUGAUCCACUGAGAUCCUUCGAUGAUCAGUGUAACUCCCGUUCCGUCAUCGAUACCAGCACAUUGAUCGUCGGUUCGGUACAAAUUCCUAUUGCGGAAAAUUCAAAAGAAUGUUCGGAGAUGUCACAAUUUGCCAACAUUAUCAUUUCUACAUUCUGA